UACAGCAUGCUUGAGUGACAAUGAAAGUUCACUGGAUCAGGUUACAAGACAGCACUCCUCUCAUGACAGGAGCGCUCCUCUUCUACCUGCCUCUCAAAAUCACCAUGCAGCAAUCGCUAACCACAAACUGACUUUAAAAGUGUUGACAGAACUUCAACCAAGGAAGUUCCGUUCAAGUCUGUGACACAGAAUAGCGCGGAGUAACUGAAGACAGCUGUAAACAGGAACCUGUGCGCUGAGCGUCGAUCAAGCAUGCAGUCUGGCAGUAAAUAAAGCAGGGUGGAGAAAUCCUGGAGCGCAGACUGGGCUUCUUUCUGCAGAGGUCUAUGUGAUCCAGGAAGAUGGAAAGUCUUGGAAGCAGUGUGAAGAAGAAAGCAACUGAAAGACAUCACAAAGCGGAGGUUCUGAUUGCUGGAGAGCAGCUAAGGCUUCGGUUGCACGAUAGUAAGCUUAUCAAAGACCGCCGUUACCACCUCCGCACUUACCCAAACUGCUUUGUGGCUAAGGAGCUCACUGAUUGGCUCAUAGAACACAAGGAGGCUCCAGAAAGGGAGACAGCAAUACGACUCAUGCAGGAGUUAAUGGCUCACAACAUCGUACACCACGUUUGUGACAAGCACUCGGAAUACAAAGACGCCAAACUGCUGUACAGGUUCAGGAAAGACGAUGGGACGUUUCCGCUUGAUAAGAACGUCAAAGUCUUCAUGAGAGGUCAAAGUUUGUAUGAGAGCCUGAUCAGCGCUGAAGACUCCAUCAUGAAGGUCCGAGAGGAGAGCAGCAUCCAGUACCAGCGCACCUUCCCUGGCUGUGAGCUCAUUGACUGGCUCGGUCAGAAUGGGGAGACCAGCUCCAGGAAGGAGGCAGUGGAGCUCUGCAGGACCCUGCUGGAACACGGGAUCAUUCAACACGUCACUCUCCGGCACCAUUUCUUCGACAGUAACCUGCUCUACCAUUUCCGAAUAAACUUCCGGAGGCGACGGAGGCUGACAGAGCUGCUGGGCGAGAUCCUCCGGCCAAUUCAGGAGGGUCCGGACAGCCCCUUCUGUCUACGCAAACUCAACCCAGAGACGGACAGCACCAGCUUCCUCUCAGUCCAGCCCAACAAGGAGAUCAAGGCCCCUCUGUCAGCAGUGCGCAGGAGCAGUGCCACCUCUCUCUCCGGCGGGGGGCCAGGCGGCUAUUUCAACAGCCCCCCCGGCCUGGUGGAAUGCAAUCCCAAAUCAGUGUUGAAGAGGGUGAUAACUAAUGAAGAGCUCCUGUGUCCUGGAGCACCAUACAUCAAGAAAACAAUCGCAAUUGUGGGAGACGCAGUGGGCUGGGGUAUCGUGGUACGUGGAGGGAAGCCCUGCCACAUUCAGGCUGUGGACCCUGGUGGACCUGCUGCUGCAGCUGGAAUCAAGGUGUGUCAGUUUGUGUUCUCUGUGAAUUCCACCCUUGUGCUUCAGCUGGACUACAAGACCAUCAGCCAUCUGAUCAUGACAGGACCUCGCACGCUGGUCAUGGAAGUGAUGGAGGCCAUCGAGUGAGCUGCACCCGAGUCCAGUACCCCUGUCCAGUGAUUUUCAGUUUUAGCACUUUUUAUUAUGGCUAUUAAUAAAGUAAUAUAUGUUUUAAAGACAAUGGAUUAUAAUUAAGAGAGAUUAUGUAUAAUACUUUAAAAUGUAUUUGAUAGAUGUGUCUGUUUUAUUUAUUUCUAAUUUGCCCCAUAUAAAACAUUGAUAUGUAUUGUGUGAUUGACAUUUAUGUCUGUGGAUUGAUUAAACUACUUUUAAAUGUGA